AUGAACAGGGGAUUCUGGAACAUCCCGCUCCUGGAGGAGAGUAAGCGGCUCACUGCGUUCAUCACUCCGACCGGUCUGUUUGAAUUCAACGUGCUACCGUUCGGGAUAAAGAAUUCUCCGACGGCGUUUCAGCGCGCAAUGGAUCGGACAUCUCGUUGGCAAUGUGGUUUUAACUACCGAUGUGGUGACAUCAAGGAGGAGGUCCUAGCCCCUUUGGAGGAAGCCCUGCAGCGUACGAUCACCUCUGGAUUCUACCUUCGACUCGACAAGUCUGAGUGGAUGAAGCCGACGACCGACUAUCUGGGUUAUCAGGUAGGUCGAGACGGGAUCAAG